GGUAAUUCUUGACAUUUGUGUUAUUGAAAAUGAAAAGUAACCAAAAAAAGAUUAAUGUCAAGUUGAAAUGAUUUUAAUGAGAUAUAAUUGCGAGGAAUGAGUUUGUUAUGAUUUUAAAAGAAAAAAAUGUGUUGCUCUGUAAAGCCGCUGUUGAUUCGGAUGGUGAACCAGAUUUAUAUGAAGAAGAUUUGCAGAAUAAUGGAUAUUCGGUUACUGUAAUACCUGCUAUCGAUUUUAAAUACCAUACAAAUGCUGAAAAUACACUUGAUAAUUCUGAAAAUUAUUCAGGAAUCGUAUUUACUAGUCCUAGAUCUGUUAUAGGGUUCAGCCAGGCAAUUAACAGUAAUUUAACAUGGUUUAAUAAUAGUAAUUUGCAAAUAUAUGUUGUUGGUCGUGGUACUUCCCUAUUAGUAGAAAAAAAAUUGAAACUAAAUCUGUAG